UUUUUAAAAAAUUGUUCAUUGCACCAUUGGGUCCUCUCAAGGUUUUUUCCUUUCCUGAAAAGACUAAAUUUCUGAUUCACUACCCCAAAUCAGCUUUGCAGUGUUUCCACACUUUACUGAAGAAAGAUGCAGAUGUGAAUGCCAGGAUCUACACAGGCUACUCAGCUCUGCACCUGGCAGCCGAGAAAGGCCUGACUCAUUAUGUUAAUUUAUUACUACAGCAUGGGGCCGAUGUUGAUAUCUACGCUGACCAUAAUUUAUCUCCCUUGUUUCUGGCCGCCCACAAAGGACACACCGACUGCGUGAAGUUCUUGAUCAAGUAUGCCAAGAAUCGAGGUGUCAUGCAUAUCAUCAACACCCCAGCCGCAGACAAUGCCACACCCUUGUUGAUUGCGGCACAAGAAGGUCAUGCAGCCAUCGUGGCCAUUUUGUUACACUACGGGGCUGACGCUGAUCUUGCUGCGGACGGCGAUCACGCUGUUGCGCUUCAGUAUGCUGUUUGUAACGGGCACCAGAGGUGUGUGGAGUUACUGUUACCGCAUACAGAUCUAUCUGUGUUUGAGAGAGGUAAUUUUGAUGCCAUGCACCCCCUUGUUCAGGCCACCAAACACGUGGACACAACCAUCCUUCAAAUGCUGCAUCAACAUUUGACCAUCGCAAAAACAUGUGAGUUGCCCGCCUACUUGAUGCUUGAACUGGGUCACCUGACCAGUGCUCUUGUGCCUGCGAGAGUGUGUUCCUUGCUGUGUCUCAUCGACUCUGACUGGCCUGUCAAUGGUGCCGAGUACCUCCUGAAACACGGAGUCUCACCAAACAUUUCAGAAUCGGAAGAUGAACUCCCACCUUUGCUUGUGGCUCUUUGGACUAACAAUGUUCCACUUUUUCAGUUACUUCUGCGCUACGGAGCCUCACCCAAUAUUUAUCAUAAAAAUGUGACAGGAAACGUGGCCAUGCUGCUUGCGUUCCAGAAGGACCUAGAACGAGACCUAACGGCCAUGAUUGUACGUAAUUCACGACAGCCCAACUUCCAGGUCUUCUACAUUUGGCAGCUUUUCCUCGCUGGAGCAGAGUCACAUUCACUGUUUGACCUCUGCGACCCUAUCAAUGGGGACCCCCCUGAUCGCAGUCCAGCAAUCACAAACUUGUUUGGGCUCAUGUUUCAUAUGUUUCACCGAAAGGAAAACCUUGUGCCUGUUUUAGCUCUGUUGAUGUGCAUCAGCGACCAUGCCAGUCUUCCCCGCCACAUUCUGCUGCACUUUGAACCCAACCAGCGCAAGGUUCUGCAGACAAUAUCUGAGAAAACAAACCUUUUAUCCCACCGAUGUCGCCGUGUUGUUGUCCACAAGCUGGGAAAGGAGAACCGCUACUGCCGCUCGGCCAUGGAGAAUCUACGCAUCCCGACCGUGCUGCAGGAUUACCUGAUGUUCUCCGAGCUGGAACCACCGCUCCAGGACAUGAUUCUCAAGUUUAUCACCGUCAGCUCUGAUGACAGUGCAGAUGUCCGACACUAA